AUGAGGGUCAUCAACAUCGGUCCAGAUCCAUCUCUGGCCUAUCGACCAAACCUGGAGGAGAAUGGAGCCAAAGAAAAGGAAGACUACAGAAACUUCAAGAGUGGAAGUCUGAUUGGCCGCGUGUUCAACACUUACAAGCUGAUGCACACCAGGCAGACGCUGGACUUCGUAAAGCAAAAGCACUCUCAAUGGACCGGCUGCAACCACACUCAGAUCGGGAUGAUGGACGCCGUCAUGUCUCUUGACCAGCUGGUGGACGAGUCCGAUCCUGACGUGGACUUCCCCAACUCCUUCCACGCCUUCCAGACUGCCGAGGGCAUCCGCCAAGCACACCCAGACAAAGACUGGUUCCAGUUGGUGGGUCUGAUCCAUGAUGUUGGGAAGACCAUGGCUCUUUGGGAUGAGCCGCAGUGGGCUGUAGUAGGCGACACCUUCCCAGUGGGCUGCAAGUUUCAAAACUCCAUUGUGUUUAGAGAAAAUACCUUCCAGGAUAACCCAGACGACAAAAAUCCCAGCUACAAUACUGAAUAUGGGAUCUAUGAACCAAACUGUGGGCUCGACAGUGUCCUCGUGUCUUGGGGCCAUGAUGAGUAUCUCUACAGAGUUAUGAAGUUCAACAACUGCCCCAUCCCAGAGGAGGGGUUGUACAUGAUUCGCUUCCAUUCAUUCUACCCCUGGCAUUCCCAUGGAGACUACAUGCACCUGUGCAAUGACAAAGACCUGCGCAUGCUGCCCUGGGUCCAAGAGUUCAACAAAUUUGACCUGUACACAAAGACCACCGAUCUGCCCGACGUCGACAAGCUGAAGCCGUACUACCAGUCUCUGAUCGACAAGUACUGCCCUGGAAUACUGAAGUGGUGAAACAGAUGGCACAGAACUCAACAGCAACACUGUGUUGCCAGAAAUCAACUGAUACAGAGGAGGAUUACAUUAACUACUUCAAAUAUAACCUGAGUAACAGUAUCUCUUAUGUAUACUGAAUUCAAGUCUCUCUCUCUCUCUCUCAUAAAUGUACAGAAAAGCAUUUAUAUUCUUUUGUAUUUUAAUGUCAUAAGAAAACAUUUUAA